AUGGCUUUGUCGCGUUUCACUCAAGUAGGCUUUAUCGGCCUCGGCGCCAUGGGGAAGCACAUGGCUGAACAACUUGCAAUAAAACUGCCUGACCACGCCCGAGUAUCUAUUUUCGAUGUCGCCAAGCCUCCCAUUGAGGAACUGGUGCGCAAAUACCCCGGAAAAAUUGUCGGAUGCACUUCGCCGAGAAAAGUAGCAGAAAGCGCGGAAUUCAUUCUUUCCAUGGUUCCGGAAGGCUCCCAUGUCAAGUCUGUCUACUUGGAUGAGAAAACCGGUGUCGCUAGCAUCGAUCUAGAGGACCGUGUUCUCAUCGAUUGCUCUACAAUCGACAUCGCAACCAGUUUGCUAGUGAAGCAACACAUUGCUGAGCAUCACCCAUCCGCUUCGUUUUAUGAUGCUCCUGUCAGCGGCGGAACUCUUGGGGCAGAGAAGGGCACAAUUGCCUUUUUCCUAGGAUGCUCUGAACAAGACCCCAUGAUUGAAAUUCUCAGAGAGUUGCUUGGGCUGAUGGGAAAGCAAAUAAUUCCCUGUGGAAAGCCUUCGCUGGGCCUGGCGGCUAAACUAUGCAACAACUACCUGUCGGGGCUCAUCGCCAUUGCAAGUGCCGAGUCUUUGAGCAUGGGCAUCAAAGCAGAUUUAGAUCCACGGGUCCUUUCGCGUGUAUUUGCCGCAGGCACGGCCCAGAACGCCAUUUGUGAUCGCUUCAAUCCUUGCCCAGGGAUUGUCCACGAUGCUCCUUCAAGUAAAGGAUAUGAAGGGGGUUUCAAAGUUCAGUUGAUGAAGAAAGAUUUUUCCCUCGCGAUGAAUAUGGCGGAAAGUGUAGGAGCCACUCUAGCGUUGGGAAAUCGGGGGUUGAAAACAUACGAGGCCGCGUCGAAUGAUCCCGAAUGCUUCGAUCGUGAUUCUCGGGUGGUGUUUCGUUACAUUGGAGGUGACGAGAAAUGGGCGGAAAAAUUCGAAAAAUAG